ACCCCUCAAUAACCAAAGCAUCUUACUCAAAGUCUCAAACGAUAACCACAGGGAGAGGAGCUAGUAAAAAUAGCUAGCUAACUACCAGAGAGAGAUACAAUGGCCUCCUCUUCCUUAUUUCUCCUGGGUGCUCUUCUUGUGCUGGCCUCAUGGCAGGCCAUCGUCGCCUAUGAUCCUAGCCCGCUCCAAGAUUUCUGCGUUGCAGACAUGAACUCACCUGGUGUGUUGCGAGUGAAUGGAUUUGCUUGCAAGAAUCCAAUGGAUGUGAGCUCGGAAGACUUCUUCAAUGCAGCCAAGUUUGAUAUGCCAAGGAAUACUUUUAACAAGCUCGGGUCCAACGUCACCAACCUCAACGUCAUGGAGUUUCCGGGUCUCAAUACCCUUGGCAUCUCACUAGCUCGUAUCGACUACGCGCCAAUGGGUGUGAACCCACCACACAUACAUCCCCGUGCUACUGAGCUCCUUACCGUGCUUGAGGGAACACUCUAUGUUGGUUUUGUCACGUCCAACCCAAACAAGCUCUUCUCUAAGGUGGUUUGUAAGGGUGACGUGUUUGUGUUCCCUAAGGCAAUGAUUCACUUCCAAAUGAACCUAGAUCAUGACAAGCCAGCAGUUGCCCAAUCAGCACUCAGUAGCCAAAACCCUGGAGUUAUUACUAUUGCAAGCGCGGUGUUUGGCUCACAGCCACCGAUCUCCGAUGAUGUUCUGACCAAGGCGUUUCAGGUGGAAAAGAAGCUAAUUGAUUGGCUCCAAUCUCAGUUCUGGGAGAACAACUACUGAUUAUAUUCUUAUAUAUUUAUUGUGCUUUUGUGUAUGGGAGGGUGAUAUGCACCUUGCACUUUUCAUAAAGUAUGUUACAGUAUGUAAAAUAAACGGGCUUUUGCUGGCCAAUUAGUGUGUCACGAUAUGUUGCUACAGUCGUUUGAUUAUCCGUGUUUAAUAACUGGAAUGAAAUGGACAUUGUUACAUCCUCUUUUUCCUCGUUAAUAUAAAAGCUAAUGGUCGUUCAUGAAGUA